AAGAAAAUUAUAGAAACGACGAAAAGGUUAAUCAAUCAACGUACCGCUCUUUUUGGGGUUUAGAUUUCAGAUUUCAGGACUGUCAGUCUCGAGAAAUGUCGACUUCCAAGCUUAGUAGGGUGGCGCUCUCCGCUGUCAGGCGGAGAACUUUAUAUCACCGCCUUCCUCUCUUUUCUCCAGCGUGUAAGCGACUACUCACUCCUCCGCCUUCGUGUUCGAGUCCGACCGAUUUUGCUGCCAAUGGAUUUCCGGUUAGAUUAUUAUGCUUCAACGACGCCAUAUCAUCCAGAGCUUUCCUUCGGUCUUAUUCUACUGCCGCCAACUCCAGCCAGGCACUUCACUGUUUUCCACUUGCUUAACCUGUUUGUUUAUAUUAUAUGCUUGUAAUUUCGCAAAUUAUAAUUUUCCAGGAAGUUUAGAGAGCUAAACCAAUGAAUUACUUAUGUACUGUGUGUGUGUGUGUGUUUUACUUUUUAUUUUUUAAAAAACAUUACAUGUUGUCAUGUACUGUGAAGCUAUUUCAAUGGCCAAGAUGGAGGGAAAAUAUAUAAUUUCAAACAAGAAAAGAAAGCUAAACCUCACUUAAAUGUUUAACCAUGUUAGCAUCCUUGGUAUCCCAUCCAAAAUUAACCAGCCAUUGCUGAAUCGUUACUGUUGAUUUUCCAUGUUCCCUCAGCUGUUAAAUCAUGUUUUGAUGACAGAUCAGUAAUUCAGAGUUCACCGAAAUGGCGUGGGAGGGAUUAGUUGGUGCUGCUGAGGCUGCACGAGCCAACAAACAGCAGGUUGUGGAGACCGAGCACUUACUCAAAGCACUACUAGAGCAGAAGGACGGUUUAGCCCGACGAAUACUUACAAAAGCAGGGCUUGACAACACAUCCAUUCUCCAAGCUACAGAAGACUUUAUAUCGCAACAGCCCAAGGUGACUGGUGAUACUAGCGGUCCUAUGUUAGGGUCAAACCUCAAUUAUCUUCUGGAUGCUGCGAGAAGGCAUCAGAAACAAAUGGGGGACUCAUUUGUGUCUGUAGAGCAUCUGCUGUUAGCUCUUGCUUCUGAUAAGAGGUUUGGCGAGCAGUUGUUUAAGAAAUUGCAGCUUAACGAAAAGGAAUUGCGGGAUGCUGUUGCUGCUGUUCGUGGAAGUCAAAGAGUUACAGACCAGAAUCCGGAAGGUAAAUAUGAGGCGCUGGAAAAAUAUGGCAAUGAUUUAACCGAACUUGCUAGACGUGGCAAACUUGAUCCAGUAAUAGGUCGUGAUGACGAAAUUCGGAGAUGCAUACAGAUAUUGUGCCGUCGAACGAAAAAUAACCCUGUGAUUAUUGGCGAGCCUGGAGUUGGAAAAACCGCAAUUGCUGAAGGAUUAGCUCAACGUAUAGUUCGGGGUGAUGUUCCUGAACCAUUGUUGAAUCGUAAGUUGAUCUCUUUGGAUAUGGGUUCAUUGCUUGCUGGUGCUAAGUUCCGUGGAGAUUUUGAGGAAAGGCUUAAAGCUGUUCUGAAGGAAGUCACUGCCUCUAACGGGCAGAUCAUACUAUUUGUCGAUGAGAUUCAUACUGUGGUUGGUGCUGGAGCUGCUGGUGGAGCACUGGAUGCUGGAAACUUGUUGAAACCAAUGCUUGGGCGUGGUGAACUCAGAUGCAUUGGAGCAACAACAUUGAAUGAAUACAGAAAAUACAUUGAGAAGGAUGCUGCCCUGGAACGGAGAUUUCAGCAAGUAUUUUGUGGUCAGCCUUCUGUUGAAGACACCAUAUCUAUCCUUCGUGGUUUGCGCGAGCGUUAUGAAUUGCAUCACGGAGUCAAAAUUUCAGAUAGUGCCCUUGUUGCAGCAGCGGUGCUUUCACAUCGUUACAUAACAGAGCGCUUCCUGCCAGACAAAGCCAUUGACCUAGUAGAUGAAGCUGCUGCGAAAUUGAAAAUGGAGAUAACUUCGAAGCCUACAGAGCUAGAUGAGGUAGAUAGGGCAGUUAUGAAGUUAGAGAUGGAGAAACUGUCUCUCAAAAAUGACAAUGACAAAGCAACUAAAGAACGGCUCUACAAGCUCGAGAAUGAUUUGACGUCUCUUAAACAGAAACAAAGAGAGUUAAGUGAACAGUGGGAGCGUGAAAAAGUUCUCAUGAAUCGAAUACGCUCAAUCAAAGAGGAGAUUGACAGAGUUAACCUAGAGAUGGAAGCUGCUGAGCGCGAUUAUGAUCUGAACCGUGCUGCCGAACUCAAAUACGGCACGCUCAUGUCCCUUCAGCGGCAACUCGAAGAAGCUGAGAAAAACCUUUCAGAGUAUCGCACAUCUGAACAGAGUUUACUCCGGGAAGAAGUAACAGAUCUAGAUAUUGCUGAGAUCGUUAGCAAAUGGACUGGUAUACCAGUAUCAAACCUUCAGCAAUCUGAAAGGGAUAAGCUUGUCUCUUUAGAAGAAGAACUACAUAAGCGGGUCGUUGGUCAGGAUAUGGCAGUUAAAGCAGUUGCUGAUGCUAUCAGGCGUUCAAGGGCGGGCCUCUCAGACCCAAAUCGGCCUAUUGCAAGUUUCAUGUUUAUGGGACCAACAGGUGUUGGUAAAACCGAGCUUGCUAAGGCCCUUGCUGGAUACUUAUUUAACACGGAAAAUGCUCUUGUCCGCAUUGAUAUGAGUGAGUACAUGGAAAAGCAUGCAGUCUCGCGUUUGGUUGGGGCUCCGCCCGGUUAUGUUGGAUAUGAAGAAGGUGGACAGCUCACGGAAGUUGUUCGGCGCCGGCCAUAUUCAGUGGUGCUGUUUGAUGAGAUUGAGAAGGCGCACCACGAUGUUUUUAACAUCCUGUUACAGUUGUUGGAUGAUGGCAGAAUCACUGAUUCCCAAGGACGGACAGUUAGUUUUAGAAACACGGUCGUGAUAAUGACAUCAAAUAUUGGCUCUCACCUCAUACUGGAAACUCUUAUAAAUACGGUGGAUACCAAGGAGGCUGUAUAUGAGAUUAUGAAAAAACAGGUGGUGGAGUUGGCUCGACAGAAUUUCCGGCCAGAAUUCAUGAACCGGAUUGAUGAGUAUAUCGUGUUCCAACCUUUGGAUUUCAAACAAAUCUCCAGUAUCGUCAAGCUACAGAUGAGGCGUGUUAAAGAGAGACUGGAACAGAAGAAAAUUGAACUUCACUGCACAGAAGAUGCAGUUGAUGUUCUGGCAACAUUGGGUUUUGAUCCUAAUUUUGGAGCUCGACCCGUGAAACGCACCAUCCAACAGUUGGUGGAAAAUGAGAUAGCUUUGGAGGUGUUAAGGGGGAAGCUGAAAGAGGAUGACACCAUCAUUGUGGAUGCUGAUGUAUCUCCAAGUGCUAAAGAACGUCCACCCCACAGGAGAUUGGUGAUCAGAAGAAUGGAAAAAGCUCAAGAUGAGGAUGCCAUGGCUGUGAAUGAUUGAUGGUUGUCAUUGAAAAUCAUGGAUGGGCACGGGGUAGGUAGUUGGGGGGAGUUGGGGUGGUGUAAAUUUUGGGUUUUCAAAUUUGAAUGCAUGCAUGCUUGGUGUUGAAUCUCAAUCGGUACAUCUCUCUGUUUCUUGCAUCGUGUUAAUUCUUUCCUUCUCUCUGCUUCUCUAGUGUUGAUAGGUGCUGGCCCAGCCGGAGCAAAGCGGCCGAUCCGGUUUGGGCUGGGAAUAGAAAGCCCACGUUCCAAGUGUAUGAUACUCAUGAGAUUAAACUUGGAGCGCAGGCAGUGUAGGCAUUAAUUGCCAAAAACAAAAAGGAGUAUUUAUUCCGUCUAAAAAAAAUAAUUUACAUUAAAAUUUCUGGUUUAUACUCUAUUAUCUUUAUUAACAUUACAAAUUAUAAAUAAAUCUAUUUCAAAAAAAUAAUUUAUAUUAAAUUUUGAUAUUUGUGAUAAAGUCUCAAUUGUGAAUUAUGUAGAACAAGGAGUGUUGUCCCCGGUAGUUGGUGCCUGGUGGUGGUACUUAGUAAUGGUCAUGGUCGGUGGCAUGGUUUUUUUUUUUCCCGUCAAAUCACAAAAAUUGAGGAGAGAGAAGUAGCAUUUGCAGUUUUAAUGCAGCGAACUAUCUCAAAGGGACCAAGGGACCCUGGUAGGAGUAGCAGCAGCAAGCAACACUUGUUGGUUAUAAGAUCUACACACACACACACUCUCUCUCUCUCUC